AUGUUUGCAUUGCAGGAGCAGCUGCAGCAGGUGUUAGAGAGCAUGCAGCCCGCCAGCACGCAGACUCGCUCACUGCUGCUAGAUGCGGCCAUACACGCCGAGUUCAAACGACUCAAGGCUGAGAGCAAGACCCUGAAGUGGCAAGACGACCUGGCAGUCAUGCAGUUCACUUUCCGGCCUCCUUACCCAUACCCACCCAUUUCCACCCAUACCAAUCCAUAUUCGCUCAUGUGCACCCAUUUAAACCCCUUCGGACAGAGAAGCAAGAGUGAGGCUCUGGAACGGAGAGUGAGGGGACUGCAGGACGACCUAGCAGCGGUACAGUUUAGCUUCCUUCCUCCCCACCCAUACCCACCCAUGCACAUCCAUUCAAACCCAUUCAGACCGAGAACCGAGAGCGAGGCCCUGGAGCGGCGAGUGCGGGAGUUGCAGGACGACCUAGCGGCGGUGCAGUUCACACCGCACAGCAAGAACGGCAAGAUGCUCAUGGCCAAGUGCCGCACCCUGCAGGAGGAGAAUGAGGACAUUGGCAGGGAGGCUGCUGAGGGCAAGAUGCUCAUGGCCAAGUGCCGCAUCCUGCAUGAGCACAGGGAGGCUGCUGAAGGGAAUGUGCACCUGGGGCAGGUGGUGUCUGAGGCAGGUGAGGGUCUGGGACAGGUGCAUGAGCUGGAGAACAAACUCGCCCUGCAGAAGCAGCUCAACUCCGAGCUCAAGCGCGGCUACCAAGAGCUACAGGAGUAUGUGGAUGAGAUCAACGAGGAGGCAGAGAAGCUUGUUUCUGCAAAAGUGUGUUUCCGUGCCCGCUUCCCUCCCAUUGCCGUGCGUCCCAUGUGUCAUGGGCAGAGCUACAGGAAGCUACAGGAGUAUGUGGAUGAGAUCAACGAGGAGGCAGAGAAGCUCGAGGAGACGGUGUACAAGCUGCAGAGGCAGCUGCAGCUGAGGGACGCAGAGGUGCAGGAGCUCUCACGCUUCAAGGCAGGCGUAUUGGAGGCCGAGCGAUCCCAGCAGCACUUCCCCCCACCCCACUCCCAGCAGCAGCAGCAGCAGCCGGGACAGGGCAUGCAGAGGGGGGGGUCGCUGAAGCGAGAGAGGGAGCGAGAGAGGGACCGGGACAGGCGGCAGGGGCAGCCGCAGGGGCAGGGCAUGCAAGGGUCGCAGGAAGGUUCCGAGGCUGAGGAUCGGGACGGGCAGGGGUUUGUGCGGGAGGGUCGGGAGAGGCAUGGGUUUAGGCGGGAGUUUAGUCGGCAGCUUUCGGGAAGGCAGCACCGGGGGCAUGAGGAAGAGGAUGAGGAGAGGGGCUCGUAUGGGGAGGAGCAUCAUAGGAGGAUGCAUCAUCAUUUCGGUGGGAGGGAGAGACAGAGGGAGGGGUCGAUUGGGGGUGGAGGGGAGAGUGGGGCGUAUGGAGGGGAGAGGAGCAGAGACGGGAGAAGGCGGGAGGGCAAAAGGAGCUGGAGGGAUCGGUCGAUGGAGAGGGAGAUUGAGGGGGAAGGGAGGGGGCGACGCGCACCUUCUCUCAGUCCGUGA